AUGAAUAAAAUUCUAAGAGGGUUUUCAACAGUAAAAUCAAUGAAAUUCAUCAAAGAUAAAUAACCAAUCAUAAAGAUUAGUGAAUUACCUUCUGGAAUUAAAAUAUUUACUGAAUAAACUGCUUUUCCAUUUGCUUCAGACAUUGGAAUUUGUUUCAAAGCAGGAUUAAGAAAUGAGCUCCCUUCAGAAACAGGAUCAUUAUUUAGUCUAAACUAACACAUGUAUCAUAUCUCAGAGAACGAUUGUCUUGAAAAUUUGUAACUAUCUAAGCUAUUUAGUGAAUAAACACUUCGAACAGGAUGCAUGUUGGAUUAAACUUAUGACUCAGAAUUAUCUUAUUGGAAGUGUUAAUUCAUACAGGAAGACUUUGAUAUGAUUGUAGAUGUCUUAUUGAAAUUGGCUUUAACAACCAAGAGAAUUGCAAAAGAAACAAGAGAUUAAUUUAGCUAAAUGAGUAUUCCUUAAGAAAGAGUAUUAAAUCGAAAUAUUUAGAUGACUGUAGAUGAAGCAAUAAAAAUGGCUGCGUUUGGAAAACAUCCAUUAGCAAAUGCUAAAACAUCUGCUUAAAUACUGCCAAAGUAGGAAGACUUUUCAAGAUUUUGA